GGCUGAUGGCAGAAGGUGGUCACUGGCUUCGUUACCCUCCUCUGGCUACGGGACCAACACCCCCAGCUCCACCGUCUCGUCGUCUUCGUCCUCCCAGGAGCGCCUGCACCAGCUGCCGUACCAGCCCACCCCGGACGAGCUGCAUUUCCUUUCUAAGCAUUUCCGCAGUACGGAGAGCGUCAUGGACGAGGAGGGGCGGCACUCGCCCUGCCUGCGCCCGCGAUCCCGGAGCCUCAGCCCUGGACGGACAAAUGGAACGUUUGAUAACGAGGUUGUGAUGAUGAACCAUGUCUACAAGGAGCGGUUCCCCAAGGUAACUGCCCAAAUAGAAGACCGUCUGCAGGACACCAUCACAAACUUCUCUCCAAGCAGCACUCUGCCGCUGGCAGAUGGGGUGCUGGGCUUCAUCCACCACCAGAUCAUCGAGCUGGCCCGCGACUGCCUGGCAAAGUCCCAGGGAGCUCUCAUCACCUCCCGCUACUUCAUGGAGCUGCAGGAAAAACUUGAGAAGAUGCUCCGAGAUGCUCAGGAGCGUUCAGAAAGUGAGGAGGUGAAGUUCAUCGACCAGCUGGUGAGGAAGCUGCUGAUCAUCAUCUCCCGUCCUGCUCGCCUUCUGGAGUGCCUGGAGUUUGACCCAGAGGAGUUUUACCAUCUCCUGGAAGCUGCAGAAGGACACGCCAAAGUUGGCCAGGGAGUAAAAACCGAUAUUCCCCGAUACAUCAUCAGCCAACUGGGGCUCGUCAAGGACCCGCUGGAGGGUAGGGAACCGCUUGGGUUGGCGGCCCCGAGGGCUGCAGCGGGAUGUGGACUCCCACUCAAGCAAAGCGUGUGGCUAAAUCCCUGCGGGAUCUCCGAGUUUGGAGGGAAAGCUGUUGAAAUGGUCCAGCUGGAUCACUUCGACAGCGGGAACACCAUCACACCGGAGAACGAUGACGCCUGUGAGAGCCAGCCUUCAGCCACCGCUCCUCGGAGGAAGCCCUGCGAGGGGGACUUUGAGACCAUCAAGCUGAUCAGCAACGGGGCCUACGGGGCCGUGUACCUGGUGAGGCACAGGGAGACACGGCAGCGCUUCGCCUUGAAGAAAAUCAACAAGCAGAACCUCAUCCUGAGGAACCAGAUCCAGCAGGUGUUCGUGGAGAGGGACAUCCUCACCUUCGCAGAGAACCCCUUCGUGGUCAGCAUGUUCUGCUCCUUCGAGACGAAGCGACACCUCUGCAUGGUGAUGGAGUACGUGGAAGGGGGGGAUUGUGCCACGUUGCUGAAGAACAUGGGCCCACUGCCCGUCGACAUGGCGAAGAUGUACUUCGCCGAGACUGUUCUCGCGCUGGAGUAUCUCCACAACUACGGCAUUGUCCACCGGGACCUCAAACCCGACAAUUUGCUCAUCACCUCCAUGGGCCACAUAAAGCUGACAGACUUCGGUCUGUCGAAGAUCGGCUUGAUGAACAUGACCACCAACCUCUACGAAGGGCAUAUGGAGAAGGACACUCGAGAGUUCAUGGACAAGCAGGUGUGUGGCACUCCGGAGUACAUCGCCCCAGAAGUCAUCCUCAUCCAGGGCUACGGGAAGCCCGUCGACUGGUGGGCCAUGGGCAUCGUUCUCUACGAGUUCCUGGUGGGCUGCGUCCCCUUCUUCGGAGACACCCCCGAGGAGCUCUUCGGGCAGGUCAUCAGCGAUGAAAUUAUGUGGCCGGAAGGGGACGAGGCUCUUCCCGCGGACGCCCAGGACCUGAUCACGCGAUUGCUGAGACAGUGUCCCCUCGAGCGCCUGGGCACCGGGGGUGCGCACGAGGUGAAGCACCAUUCCUUCUUCCUCCACCUGGACUGGAACGGGCUGCUGCGGCAGAAGGCCGAGUUCAUCCCCCAGCUGGAGUCAGAGGACGACACCAGCUACUUCGACACUCGCUCCGAGAGGUACCGCCACUUGGAUUCGGAGGAUGAAGAAACCAACGACGAGGAAUCAUCCGUGGAGAUCGGGCAGUUCUCCUCCUGCUCCCAUCGCUUCAGCAAGGUGUACAGCAGCUCUGAAUUCCUGGCGGCUCACUCCAACCUCAGCCUCUCGUCCUCCGAUCGGAGUCACAGCGAGGACAAAGAGGAGCGAUGGGACAGGCACUCGGGAGACGAGGACAGGAGCCGGCUGGCGGGCACAGAGCCCCG